AGAUGGAGGAGGAGCGUCCUCGCUUGGAGAGGCGCGCGGACUGACGUUUGGAGAGGAGCAGUGGGACCACAGCACGCGCUCCCAGCCUGCAUCAAUAGGUCAUCUGUGUAGAUUUCUCUACGGGACGUUAUUUAAACCUGUCAGGAGUGGAACUGCUGACCUCACCACAUCCCAAAACCUGGUGGAAUCACUGAUGACCUUUGUUGCUGCCCUCACCAGCUCCUAUUUUCCUCCUUCUCUUCCUCCUUAUCCCUCUCCUCCCCUUUCUUAAUCUCCCCUCCCUUCCUCCACUGUGUCUCCCAGCCUUGGGCUUAUUACUCAAACCCACUGAAGGGAGCAACACAGUAGCUGGCAACGGAUGAAGCGGGUCUGCCUGCCAACACCAGACAGAGGAUAGAAGACACAAAAGGGCUAGUGAAGGGGAGAGAAUCCGAAAGAGAGAGAGAGAGAGAGAGAGAGAGAGAGAGAGGACGACUAGUGGAGAGAGCUACAACCAAGCUGACAGAGAAGCAACAGCAACAUUCAAGAUGCCACGGCGAAGGAAAAACACAAGUUUCACUUGAGCGUCAUGAGCUAGCAAGGGGCCCCUAACAGAUCUAGAACUGUGGACUUCUUAACAAACUUCUGCCUCCCCCCAUCACACACCAAGUUGUGGAGACACAGUCCUGCUCCCUGGGGCUCCUUGUAAACACCUGAUAUGCCUCUGUAAGAAGUGUGAGCCAUGCCAGCCAAGGGGAAGUACCUGUUGAACGACCAGGAGCUAAAAAAUGAGGCACUAUACCGCAAAUUCUCCUGCAUCAGCCAGUAUGAGCCGCUGGUGCUCCUGCUGGGCCUCUCCAUGCUUUCCUGUGGAAUCAUCCUCAUCCUCUUCUUUGCCCUUGGACUGGAAGCAAAGGAGCACUGUGCCUUUGUGAGCGUGGUGAGCGGCAGCAUGUGUGUGUUUCUGGCCGUGUUUAUUCUGGUGUGUACAGAGAUGCUCUCACAGAGAUGGAGGCGUCUGCUGGGCCUGAUCGUAUGGGCCACACACCUCACAAUGGGCUACACCUUCAUCUUCAGCGGCCCCAUCAUCCUGCCUUGGGACCAGGUGCCUUUCUUCCUCUUCAUCAUCUUCACCGUAUACACCAUGCUGCCAUUCCAGUUGUGGUACGCUGUGGUGUUGAGUGUCAUCUCCUCACUCUCCCACGUGAUAGUCCUCACACUACGCCUCACCAUUGGCAGCCAAGUGCCCACUACUUACCUUGCCAACCAGCUGCUGUCCAAUGCAGUGGUGUUUCUGUGUGGCAGUGUGGUGGGAGCCUUCCAUAAGGUCCUGAUGGAGAAAACCCUGAGGCAGACCUUUCAAGACACCUUGAGGUGCCUGAGCAUGCGGAUGAAGCUGGAGAUAGAGAAGAGACAACAGGAGAACCUGCUGCAGUCUGUGCUGCCAGUCUACAUCUCCAUGAAGAUGAAGCUGGCAAUCAUGGAGCGCCUGCAAGACUGUAAAGACAAAGAGGAGCAACAGCUACUCGUCAAAGAUAACAACUUCCACAGUCUUUAUGUCAAGAGGCACGAGAAUGUCAGUAUUCUAUAUGCCGACAUUGUUGGCUUCACCCGAUUGGCCAGUGACUGUUCUCCCAAAGAGCUUGUCGUUAUGCUCAAUGAAUUGUUUGGCAAGUUUGACCAAAUUGCCAAGGAAAACGAAUGCAUGAGAAUCAAGAUCCUUGGAGAUUGCUACUACUGUGUAUCAGGACUACCUGUCUCUCUGCCUAAACAUGCCAAGAACUGCGUCAAAAUGGGCCUGGACAUGUGUGAAGCCAUCAAGCAGGUACGAGAGGCCACAGGAGUGGACAUCAACAUGAGAGUUGGCGUGCACUCGGGCAAUGUGCUCUGUGGUGUUAUUGGCCUUCGCAAGUGGCAGUUUGAUGUGUGGUCACAUGAUGUCACCCUGGCCAAUCACAUGGAGUCAGGAGGCCUACCAGGGCGUGUCCACAUCACAGAGGCGACUCUGAAGCACCUGAACAAGGCUUAUGAAGUGGAGGAAGGAAACGGCUACCUCAGGGACCCCUACCUUAAAGAGCUCAAUGUCCAAACCUACCUAGUCAUUGAUCCACGGUCUAAGGACCCAUCAUUGAACAGUCGUAGCGCACCUAAACCUCGGGUGAAUGAUGGUCUGAAGAUGCGGGCAUCCGUGCGUAUGACCCGUUACCUGGAAUCUUGGGGGGCAGUCAAACCUUUUGCCCACCUUCAAAGCCGAGAGGGCUUCACCCCAGACGCAAUGGUUAAUGGGAAGUCACGGUGCAAGGACAUCCCUUUGCGAUCAGCCCCCGGCUUCAACAUCACUGAUAGCUUUGAUGAGUCUCUAGAAGAACCGUUCUCCUUGCCAACCUCUCCAUUCAGCAGUUAUAAAAACAAAUCCCAGAAGAGUAAGUUUGAUGAGGAGCUGCACAAUGAGAUGACUACUACCAUAGAUGAACUCAGCAGCAAGCAGUGGUCUAGGUCUGAGGAGAGUGGGAGCUUAGCGCUGUGGUUUCCAAAGAAGGAUCUGGAAAAGCAGUACCGAGCCCUGGAUUUGGCGAUGUUCAAACACUAUGUUGGCUGUGCCACCUUUAUCUUCCUCUGCAUAUUUUUGGUUCAGAUGCUUGUCACAAACAAUCAACAGAUGUUGGGGUUGUCAUUCGGAGUGUUGGUUUGUGUUCUGCUGCUGACCCUGGCCAUCUGUUUCGCAGGUCACUUACAGCGCCUGUUUCCAGAGAAGCUGUCACAGUGUCAGUGGCUGCCAGCUGUGUCGGAGGCCGUGGUAAAGCGGCCGUGUGUGCGCCUCCCCCUGGCCACCAUCACUACUGCGGUCAUCAUUAUCUUGGCGGUGUUCAACCUGUGCUUCGUCCAGACACGUGUGACAGAUUGUUCCAGUGCUAUUGCCGACCCGCCUUACACAAAUGAUUCCCGUGAGAAGGGAUUAGAGAGAGAGCUCUUCUACUUGCCUUACUCCGUGUACUGCUGUAUCCUGUCGCUCAUUGCAUGCGGAGUCUUCCUCCGUGUGAGCUUUGAGCUCAAAGUGCUCUUCCUCUUGCUGGCAUCCACAGCCUACUACGUCCUCAUCCUCAGCACCAAGAGGGAACUCUUCGUGGAGUACGGAAACAUCCUCUACACUGAGAUCAACAGCACCUGGAACUGCAGCAGAGAGGAUGGAUCCAUCCUGAGAGGGUUAGGGCUGGUUAAACACCCCCAGGUGAUGAGCUGCGUUUACAUCACCCUGUUCCUGGUCACUAUGCUCAUCAUCUCACAACAGAAUGAGUACUGCUUCCGCCGGGACUUCCUGCUAAAGUAUAAGAACCGCACAGAGCAGGACGAGAUCGAGACCAGGGAGAACCUGAACCGCCUGCUGUUGGAGAACGUCCUGCCGGCCCAUGUAGCUGCACUGUUUGUCGGGGAGAAUAAAAAGAAUGAGGACCUCUACUACAAGUCCUACGACUGUGUGUGUGUGAUGUUCGCCUCAGUGCCGGAUUUCAAAGAAUUCUACACCGAGUGCGAUAUCAACAAGGAGGGCCUGGAAUGCCUGAGGCUCCUGAACGAGAUCAUCGCUGACUUUGACGAGCUGCUGUCCAAGCCAAAGUUCAGCGGCGUGGAGAAGAUCAAGACAAUUGGCAGCACCUACAUGGCCGCUGCAGGGCUUAGUGGUACGCCGGGUCAGGAGAACAAUCAGGACAGAGAGAGGCAGCAGGCCCAGAUAGGGAACAUGGUGGAGUUUGCCAUCGCUCUGAUUGGCAAGUUGGAUGGCAUCAACAGACAUUCCUUCAAUAGCUUCAGGCUCCGCGUGGGCAUUAAUCACGGCCCAGUGAUAGCUGGAGUGAUCGGGGCGAGGAAACCUCAGUAUGACAUAUGGGGCAACACGGUUAACGUAGCCAGCAGAAUGGAGAGCACUGGGGAGCUUGGAAAGAUCCAGGUAACAGAGGAAACGUCCGACGUGCUGCAGAAGCUGGGCUACUCGUGCGAGUGUCGGGGAUUAAUCAACGUGAAGGGGAAAGGAGAGCUGAAAACCUUCUUUGUGUGUACCGACAUGUGCAAGCAGCAAAGUAUGGGGUUGAGCUGAGGCCAGGCCGCCACAGCCAACAGAACGGGAGACUGUCUCGUGUACACAAGUCAAGAGUUUAUGGACUCCUUUGUGCCCCAAGUGUUGAGGCAGAACUGACUGUAAAACAGCUGUGAUUUUGCUGCACAUUAAGGACUAAGUGCUGGAUGUCGCACUGAACCAACACUUUGUACUCUGGACCUGUUGGACGGACCAGAAAGGUGGAGAGAUGGUCAGUACGUACAAUUGCCAUCUUUUUUUUCUAUUCAUGAACUCAUUUACGUCCUGUGAUCAGUCACUUUUGUACUUUUUUGUCUUUAACUUAGAUGUUGUUGGUGAUAGAAAAACCGUGUACUGUACUAACAGCAAAUACAGGUGUGUAGUUUUUGAAGACCUCUUCUGUCUUUUAAAAACAAAACAAUAGAUUCUGUUUGGAUCAUAAUUUGAAACCAGUCUGGCUUUCCUGUUUGAGAAGGGAUGGACGCUCUGCUCUGUUACUGUGUAAUGAGCGUGGCAUAUGUGAGCCGUUUUCAUAUGAGAAACGGGCUGUACAGGAGAUUUAGAAAAACCUGCUCCUUUCUUUCACGUAACGAAUAAAAGUAGUAAGUUUCACUUUUUGGCUAAGCUGAAAAUCCUUAAGUUACUGCAUCGUCAACCCCCUUUGACUGCCCAAUAAGUUUAGGUUCUGGUGUUAACAACUCUAUAUGUGAACAUAUUUUAGGUUCCAGCUGUGUAUUUUGGCCAGAGUAACAACUGUUUAAUAUUACAUAUGACAAGAUAUUUGCUGCGUUUCAGGAGGAAAUAGAAAAUCAGUGUGCUGUAUGUAUGUCAUCUGUUUAACUGUUUAUCCUGCUUGUCUGCAUAUAUGCUGCAAUGAGGGAAACUUGUGACGCUCUCCUCCUUGGUGUCUUAUUCUGUGUGAUCGAACAACCUGCCUCCUAUGAAUGUUUUUCUGGCUCCCGCUCAGAUCAUCACCUGAACAGAUCUGGAUUGCUCUCUGUGUCUCUGAAAACUUGAUUAGUCUUGUGGCCUUAUCUUUUUCAGACCAUCAUCUUGUUUAUAAUUGUGGUUACAUAAUAAUAAUAAUAAUAAUAAUAAAUAAUGUAUUUGCCUUUAUGUGAACAAAUGUGACAAUGAAUUUUGUACAGUAACAGAAUGUAAUAAAUGUUUGCAGUUUGUCAUUCAGUA